AUGGAAAGAAUGGCCUAUAAAAUAUGGAAUCAAGACAGAUCCAAAAAGAUUUGCCUGAUUUUAAAGAAGGAAAUAGAAAAUCUGUAUGAAACAAUCAUACUUGAAGCAUCUAAAAAAUUAAACAUCGAUGGAAAUGUCAUAUGCUUAGAAAAGGAUGGCACAGUUUUACAAGAAAAAGAGGAAAUUGAGUAUUUUUCUAAUGAAAUAUUUAUUCUUUUAACAAAAAAUGAAAAUUGGAUGCCCGAAUUGGAACAAAUGCAAAUAAUAACUGUUCCAAACAAUAGCGAUACAGACAAUUCCACCAUUACAUUUAGUUCAGAGAAGUCGACUGAAGAAAGUUUGGAUACUCAAAAUUAUAACAUUUUGUGGGAUAAAUUCCUAAUUCCAUGGCAAAGACUUCCAAAAACAGUCUUAGAGAAGCUUGAAAAUUCCACCCGUAAAUCAUCUAUUACUUCCAGGGUAGUAAAUAUGAUUGUUGACGAAUUAAGGGAAAUAAAAACAACCAUCCCCAUCAAGGUUUUUAAAGAAAUAGCAAAACAAAUCGUCGAUAAAUAUCCUAAUUCAUUCCAAGAUGUUGAUGAAGAUGGAAAUAUUUUUGGUAAUGGAAUUGGAUCAUUGGUGACCAAAUUUAUUGAUCGAAAUAACUACCUAAAUCGCCCGCAUAAAAAACAAAUUGACAUCAAUGUACCAAAAUUAAAGGGACGGAAAUUACUGGCUGCUAGAGCAGGUUGUUCCAAUUGGGAAGGAGAAAUGGAUUCCGAAAAAGAAAAUUAUAGCGAUGAGAGUGAUUUUGUAGACUUAAAGGACUCAACAAAAUUAAUAGAAGAAACUAAACAGGAACAAACUGAAUAUUUAGCCCUAACAGUAGUGGCAAAGUAUUUUAAAGAAUGUAUAGACAACAUUUUGUAUAGAUUUAAAGAGAACAUCACUGAUACAGAGAUAAAUCAACAAAUUUUAAUAAAUGAAUGCUGUGUGGUAGAAAAAGAGGGAAAAGCAAGAUCUGUGGGUUACAGCCUACUACAAGGACACAAGCCAAUUAGUCAACUACACGGGAUCACGCACCUGAAGUUGAUCAGGGAACUGAGGUCGGACCAUCCUGUCAAGCAGCACUAA